AGAUGGAAGAUAAUGAUGGUAAACACUAAACCUGAUAAUGUGACGAAAGGAAAAAGAAAAUCAUGGCUGAAGAACUUGAGCAGUCACCCAAAAAUUGGACUGAAUCUCAGGUUAGCACCUGGCUAAGGUCUAUUGAAGUAAAGGAGCGGGACAUAGAAAAGUUUUAUGAGGUAGAAGUAGAUGGAAAAACUCUUCUUACACUCAAUAAGGACUUUUUGAAGACCGAGAUUGGCCUGAAACCAGGGCCUGCUCAUUUUAUCAUUCAGAAGAGGGAUGAGCUCAUCAACUCGAAGCAAAAGUCUCAAGAGAAGAAAAAGUUUACAAGUGACAAGACUGAGGACAAGAAAAACAGUGAUCAGAAAUCAAUUCAAAGUCUUCCUACAACAACUGAAGGUCCUCUUGCAUGUGACAAAAAAGCUCAGGCACAAUGUGUGUUGACUUCAAAGGAAGAUUGUAGACCACGGCCAUUUGAAAAGGAAGGAGUUGACUUCAUAUAUGUAAAGCACAGAGUCCUGCAACCUGAAUCAGGUGCUUUUAAUCUGACAUCCCCAUGCCAUGAAUAUAAGUCUCUAUCUACAGCUGCUGCACUGGAUCGCACCAGACUCCAAGCUAAGUUUGCCCAUGAGGUUCUUAAAUUUGCAACUGGUUGUAUGAACAUCAGAACAAAUGGCACAAUACACUUUGGUGUGAUGGAUAGCAAGGAAGAUAAAGGAUAUGUGCAUGGUGAGAUUGUUGGUAUCCCUGUAAAAGAGAAAGACAUUUAUGUCGAUGCUUUGGACUACAUUGAAAAGAGUAUCUCUGCCAACAGUGAGCAUGUACGUCAGUGUGUGCGUCCACCAAGGUUCAUUGAGGUUAUGGAUCGAGAAAGCACAGAAAAGAGGUAUGUGGUAGAGGUUGACAUAGUGCCUUCAGUAAGCACUGUUAGUAGCAAGGUGUAUGCUGUUCGUCUGCCAAACUUCAAUGAGUCAUCUAACAAAGUAGAAUAUGAGAAGGAAAAAAUUCUGCGGAGGGUGGGCACAAAAACGGAACCAGUGAUAGACAAAGACCUAGGUGAUUUUUACCAGCGAGUCAAAGAUCGGGACGCUCAAAGACAAGAAGCAGAGAAAAAUCAGUUCCUCAUUGCCCCAGACUUCUGCCAAGACCUUGGAAGGAAACUCAAAAUGCUAAUGGCUAGUGGGAAGAAAUUCAUCGAAAAGGACAAAUGGUUCAUACUUGUCACAAACAAAUUUGAACCUGACCACCUUUGCAACAUUGAUUGGCUGCUCAACUUGAACACAUUCUGUGUGUUUGACUUUGACCCAGACUCAAAGAUAUCGGGUCUUUGCAGUAAAUACCUUGAGCAUCAUGCUGCAAACAUGCAUUCCCUGCAGAGCUAUAAGAUAUCCGGGGACAUGAGCAUCAAAGAAUUCAUAAGCCACUUGCAUCUGUUUGAUCUAACUAGUUGGAUCUUUUGUAAUGGCCGUACUGACUUCAAGGGAAAUGAGCCUCCGUGUGAUGAGAUGACUUGGAUCAAGACAAAAAUGACUUUACUGCGGGAAUCUGUGUCUAUGAUCUGUAAACAAAUCUUGCCAAAAGGGACUUUCCAGGUCAUUUUUCUUCUUACAUCACCAGUUGAGAAACCACUCUUGCACACAUUCAAUGAGUUUUUCACAGACAUGGAAGGCCACGAAGACAUCAUCUGCAUCUGUGAAUCUCAAAACAACUUCCAGAAGUGGCAGAGCUUUGCAGAGGGGUCAUGUGGACCAGAAACUGUGAACAAUUCCAGUGUUGUUGGGAUGAAAAUGAGUCAUAUAAAUUCAACUCUGCAGCAAAUACAACCUGUAAACGCAUGUGCCAGCAAAAACUUGCCAGUCUUUGUGAAAGGGACAUGUCUUCUUGAAACACAGGAAGAGGAACAGCUUUUCACCUUGGAGAUUCUGACAGUUGACCAUUGUGAUGAAACAAGCAAAGACUUCAUCGAUGAGGAGAAAGCAAACAUUGAAAAGCAGUUCUACCGGGGUGGGAGAGUAAGCUGGUUGAAUUUUUGGCUUGCUGAACACAAGUAUGUUGGAGACGUCAUUGAAAGAGAUGCUUAUCAAGAUGUUUCCAAGCUUCUCUCUGAAACUUUGAAAUGGAAUUCCGAUCAAACUCCGGUGAACAGUAUAAACAUCUACCAUCAUCCAGGAAGUGGUGGAAGCACUGUGGCAAGACAAGUGCUGUGGAACAACAGGAAAGAUCUAAGGUGUGCAGUUGUGAAGCCGUCAUACUCAGCUGCUAUUGUUGCACAACAUGCAGUGGAACUAAGAGAAUAUGAAGAAAAAGACCCACAGACAUGCCUCCCCGUGCUUCUCCUUAUAGAAGACUCUGACAGAGAAUACCUCGAUGAUCUCAAAAACGAACUAGAGGUUGCCAUUAACACCAAAAAAAUCCAAUAUGGAACUCUGUGUUUCAUUUUGUUGACCUGCAGACGAUCCCAUGAUCCAGAGAAGAGAUGCAAGGAGUCUCCAUUACAGAAUGUGUCUGUCACUCACAAACUGUCCGAUCAAGAGAGGAGAAAGUUUGCUGGAAAACGAGAGGCACUUGAAGAACGAUAUGAGGCUGGAUUCAUCCUGACAUUUGUUCUGAUGAGUGAAGGAUUCGAUGAGAAAUAUGUUCAACAGUUUGUUGAACAUUUGCUCCAAGGCAUUGACCGGCAGUCUCUUGUCACUCACCUCAUUCAAUACGUAGCACUGCUGAACACUUAUGUUCAAAACUCCUUCAUCUCUCAGUCCCAUUGUGAAGCCUUCCUUGCUUUAACCAUUUACAUGGAAAGGUUUCGACAGCAUGACUUUGAGAAAUCACUCAGUGAUCAGGCUAAACUAGUCUUCUUGCACCUCAGAGAUGACAAGACGCACAUUGAAUCAAUCAGAAUCAUCCAUCCACUCGUUGCAAAGGAAAUUCUCCAACAACUUUUGGGAAACCAAGAGACCCAAAGCAGUUUGGCACUGAAAUUGCUCUGUGAAAAUGUGCUUUUUGAACACAGAUUUGGAAGAGAAGACUAUCUCUCAUUUCUGAGAGCUCUUUUCAUAAGGCGAUCCAGAAUAAGCAAAGGUGACAAAUAUGAUAGUUUUUUCUCCCCUCUGAUUGAGCAUGUGUGCGAAAAGGAGAAAAGUCCAGACAAAGCAAUGGAGUUACUCAAGGAAGCAUUUCACCAUUUCCAUGAAGAUCCAUUCUUUGCACAACAACUUGCUCGUCUGCAUUACACUUAUGAGAAGUUUGAAGAGGCAAAGUACUGGGCAGAGACAGCUGCUAAACAGCAGCCCAACAACUCAUACAUACUGGACACAAAAGGCCAGGUGUACAGAAAAUGGUUCCAAGCUAAAUGCAAAGCUUUGGAAAAUGUACCAAAGACAGCCCAAAAUAUAGCAAAUGCUAUGGAGACUGCACUGAAAGCCAUUGAGUGUUUUCAAGCAUGUGAGAAAGCAGCUAACGCAGAUAUGGAAAACCUUAACAGUUCAGGUUUUUUUUCUGAAGUCGAAGUUGGAUGCAGCCUGCUCAAACUGAUCUCUUCAUCACAAGUGUUUGCAAACAGAGCCAAUGGUCACUCGGAGUGUGUGACGUACCUUUUAACCGAUUACAUUCCUGAGGAUGUAAAAGAUGCAUGGGAACCAUUUCAUGGCAGAGUGAAAAAACUUCAUCAAACAAUGCAAGAUGCUUUGGAAUGGAUUUCAGAAGACCUUAGUUACUUCCAGACAGACAUCGGUGCAGAUGGAGAAAAGACGCCUGAACGUCCUGAGGAGAAGAUAAGCCAUCCACUGAUAUGGCUCGCAAAAAAGUCUUCAGAGUAUGGGAAGUACUUCAGUGAAACAUAUUCCACUGCACUUCAAGGGCAGUCAAUCCCAGCCAAUCUGACUCCUUUCCAGAAACGCAUGAUCAUCUAUCAUCUUGGCGGGGGUAACAUAACAUCUAUCCUCUCCAAGCUGUCUGACCAGAGGGAUGCAGUACGCCUCCUAGAGACCAUCCUUUCUCUCUACCCCAGCAAUCCCAAAAGGGCCAAAUUUAGUCAAAGAGAUAUUGUCAAUUACAUAACGGCCCACCUGACUCUGAACUGCUUGUCACCACAGAAUCAAGAGGUAGCUCCUGUGAAAGAUCUACAGGUACUCUGUCACCAGUUCCCAACUGACAAAAGGAAAUGUUUACCAAGUGCCCUGUUCCUGCUUACCCUGCUUUUCUGGCCAGAUGAUCAUGACACAAACCUUGAGAAAGAAACCAAAUAUGAAAUUGUGCAAUCAGCUGUUGAACACCUGGAAAAGGGCUACUGGACCAAGAUGAAGGAUAUUCCCCAGCGGAGGAGAAGGCUUUACACCCAUUUUUUCCUGGGCAGUGGGAAUGGAUUGGAUAAAUACGUCCACAAGAAAAAGUUUGAAAAAGUCACAAAGGUUUUGUCAGUCUCUGAGAAGCGCAUGAAGUGGUUCACGGGUGAUGCAUGGAAAAAGCCUGAGAUUGCUACGAUGCUGAAACAAGUGUCUGGAUGGACUGAAGAUGGAGUGGUGUACCUUGACGGCCCUCGCAAGAAGAAGUUCAAUAUCCUGCCUCUUCAUGUACCUUCAGUGCCUCACAGUAAUGAACACAUCACGUUCUACCUUGGGUUCACAUACAGAGGCCCCGUUGCCUGCAACAUCAUUGUGAAAAAAUAGUUUUCUCCACACAAUGAUCCCGUCACAUACAGCUGUAUGUGGACUUUCUGAAACGUGGGCCUAGUGUCCACCCCAAUACCAGGAAACAAGAACAGAUUAGAAAAAGAGGAAACGUCAAUUCAAAACACACAAUGCUUCUUAAUGAAAACAAAAAAUGUUGAAGCACUUGGUAUUUUAUUGCAUUGUUCUGUAAGAUGUAAUAUAGUUUGGUAAAUAUAUUUUGCACUUUAUUUUUCUAUACUCAUAUAUGCUUAUGUAAAUGUGUCUAAAACAUUGAGAACCAGUUUUUGUGUAUAUGGACAUGGACUAUGACAGGAUUCACUCUUGUGCCCAGAGUAAUCACAAUGUAGCUGAAUUUGCUACUCUAUAGCUCAGUGUUUCUCAGAUGGGAACAUUGAGUUCAUGUAUAGACCUAUAGGUAAUGUCACUCAUGAGGACCAAGAUGGCGGAUGCUGGCACGUUUUGGCUGCCGCUCCGUAUCUGGUAACUAAAACAACUGACGCUAUUCUUUGACCUUCGGCGCUUCACUGAUCUGGCAAAACCGGAUUUUCUAACCUCUCCGUUAAUGACUCCCUGUCAUCAUUAUCAUUGUUUAACCAGCACACCUGGAUUAGCGUCUCUGGAUUAUACAUUCUACCUGCUUUGCUAGCUCCAGGACUACCGGGAUAGCCUCACCAGCGCAGCAGCAUUGGUCUGGCUUCUGGAUCAACGCUGACAUUUCUGCCAGUCUAAUCGCCUCCACAAGCCCACCUGUUUGUCCCGCAGUGACUCUUCUGUUCCGGUUUGGUCAGCCCCGCCGCACCAUCUGGCUGGUUUCUCUCCGCUGACCACUUCCACUACACCGGGUAGAUCGCCACUCUCUGUGCGGGCGUGCAGGCCAGCAGCACUUCCAGGGUCCAUCUACUACACUUCGGACUGCUGGUGUGCUGCUGUGGCUAUGCUGUGGAUUAUCCCCUGUGCAGUCCUGGGGUUAUUGCUGCUUCUCUAUUCCUGUUCACCCGGCACCCGGUCACACGCUACCGCUAGCUCUGUGCUAGCCCUCUCCGGCUGGAUCAUUCCAUCCCCUCCUUCAAGCCAUCAUCAUCCAAUCACAAAGCAAUGUCACCUGAAAAUGGCUUUGCUGAACCCGCUCACUCAACAAUAAAGGCCCCACCCUGAAUUAAUUCAUAAUGGACAAUAACCUGGACAUCCUCUGCCUCACUGAAACCUGGCAAAAACCCAUUGAAUAAUUCCCCUUCAACCAAACCACACCCACAGGAUACACUUAUAUGGACAAACCUCAUCUUGAGGGGAGGGGAGGUGGUGUUGCUUCAGUCUACAGGAAGGACAUUAAAACAAUCACCAUCUCCAUUCCUCCCGACCCUUCUUUUGAACACCUGGCUUUUAAACUCUGGUCUCUGGCCACUCCUCUGGACACUGCCAUCAUCUACUGCCCACCCAAGCCAAAUCCCUCCUUUCUCCCUGAAUUCUCAGAAUUUCUCACUCACCUAAGUGCCAUCUCACCCUUCAUUCUCCUCAUGGCCGCAUCCACAUCAACAACACAGACUGCAGACACGCCACAGAAUUCCUGGAACUCCUUCAAUGCUUUAACUUCACCCAGCACAUCAACUUCCCCGCCCGCAGCCAUGGCCACACUUUGGAUUUGGUUUGCUCCACUGGUCUCACUGUAAAUCACCUCUCCAGCUUCAACCUCAACAUCUCACCUGGCAAUCACUAUUGACAUUUACACCCCAAUCCCCAUCCCAAAGGACAAGCAUACCAUAUCAUUCAGAAACCUUAAAUCCAUCUCCCCCUCCGCUCUCUCAGCCUCGGUCCACUUACUACUCCGAACUCAUACAUUCUGGCUCCUCCAACCCAAAGGCUCUCUUCUCAACCAUCAACAAACUUCUCAAACCCAGCGACAACACAUCAGGCUCAUUUACAGACGACAAGUGCAACUCCUUCCUGUCAUUUUUUCAAAUAAAAAUUGACACCAUCUACACUAACCUGACCACCUCCCCUACCCUCCUGCCCUCCCCAACUGCUUAACCACCACCCCCUCAGCCCAAACUGGCUGCUGUCAGCCCCAUCCUGAAGAAACCUGGACUAGACCCGGACAUAAUGGCAAACUUCAGACCCAUCUCCAACCUUCCCUUCCUGUCAAAAAUACUCGAACGAGUGGUCGCCACCCAACUCAAAGCCCACCUCAACACCCACAAUCUGUUUGAACCAUUUCAACCUGGUUUCCGGUCAAAACACAGCACAGAAACUGCCCUUCUAAAAGUCACUAACGACCUCCUCCUCUCCUCUGACUCCGGCCAUCUUAACAUCCUCGUCCUCCUCGACCUCACUGCAGCCUUCGAUACCAUAAACCACAACAUCCUUCUCUCCCGCCUGGAAUCCAGCCUCCACAUCACUGGUUCCGCCCUCUCCUGGCUAACAUCCUAUCUUACAAACAGACAACAAUUCAUCAAUAUCAACAACUGCUCUUUCUCCACCGCUCCCCUGUCCCAAGGCGUCCCCCAGGGUUCAGUGCUUGGUCCUUUCCUCUUCAUCCUCUACUUGCUCCCCCUUGGUAAUCUCAUACGUCACCAUGGUCUCAGUUUCCACUGCUACGCUGAUGACGUCCAGCUCUACAUCUCCACCAAAACCAUCACUACUGCCACUCACUUCACCCUCACCAACUGCCUUACUGAUAUCAAAACAUGGAUGCAAACAAACUUUCUGAAACUUAACUGUGACAAAUCAGACGUCAUGAAAACCACUGACAACUUCACCAGAACUGCCUUUUUCCACCUGGAGAACAUUGCCUAUCUCCGUCCAUCACUCUCCUUCCCCGCCGCAGAAACACUGAUCCACGCCUUUAUCACCUCCAGACUAGAC